GGUGUUUCGGCGCUCGUGAGUGGUGCGCGCCUCUGGCCCGCAGCAGACAACCGCGUUGAUAGAGCUGCGGAGCGAGGGUGGUGUGGUGAGAGGGCAGUGGGCAGGAAGACCUGGUCGCUUGAGGUGACAGCGAACAUACACGGCGUCUGACAACCGGCCAUGACAAUCACAUACAACGCCGAGGUUGCGUCGAUAAAAAGCUUCGGCGUCUUUUGGAAGCUGUUGUGUCGAUGGAAGGGAAGCAUUUACAAGUUGGUCUGGCCAGAUCUAACCCUUUACAUCGUUUUAUAUUUUACCCUUAAUAUGUCAUACCGAUUCGCAAUGAAUGAGAAUCACAGACAGCUGUUUGAAGAGGUGGCGAAGUACUGCGCGAACUUCAGCACCUUCAUCCCCAUGUCGUUCGUGCUCGGCUUCUAUGUGACAAUCGUGGUGAACCGCUGGUGGGAGCAGUACAUGGCCAUGCCCUGGCCGGACUCACUGGCCGUCUACGUCAGCACCAACAUACACGGCAACGACGAUCGGGGCCGUCUCGUCCGACGCACCAUCAUGCGUUACGUCAACCUGGCAUUCGUCUACACCAUGUCCCAGGUGUGCACGCGCGUCAAGAAGCGCUUCCCCACGCUGGAUCACCUGGUGGAGGCAGGUAUCAUGACGGAAACGGAGAGGAAGAUAUUCGAGAUCAUGAACAAGAAGACCGCCGCACCUCAAAUACUGAUGCCGCUGGUGUGGGCCGGCAGCAUCGUGACCAAGGCCCGCAAGGAGGGCCGCAUCCGCGACGACUUCGCCGUCAAGACGCUGGUCGACAGCAUCAACGCCUUCCGCUCCGGGCUCGGCAACGUGCUCAAUUAUGACUGGAUCUUCCGUGCCCCUCGUGUACACGCAGG